GCUUUGAUCAAAAUAAUUCAAUCUAAAAAUGGGUAACACGUUUUAUUUAUCGUGGGUCUUAACUGUUCUACUUUACUUGCAAAUAACUAGUUCAUUUAGUUCGGAAAGGAAAAGCUUCUCAACUUCUUUUUGUCAAGCGAAACAGUUUAAGCAAAUGAUUAGCCACCCAGGUUGUCAAAGUAAGAUUAUUCAAAAUUUUUUCUGUUAUGGGCAAUGCGAAUCUACCUUUACUCCUUCAAUUAAUAACAAUGAGUCUGAGUUUACACACGAAGCCGUUAUGAAAUGUUCUGCUUGUCGGCCGACAAAACCUUAUUUUAAAGAUGUAUCGCUAAAGUGUGACAAUGGUAAGUCGAUUAUAAGAACAGUUGCGUAUUUUGAGUUUUGCCAAUGUAUUCAUCGAAAAUGCAACAAGUUAAGCUACCAAAAUGUUUUACAAAUACCGCAAGAUAACAACAAUCUUUAUGCCAAUACUCAAUAUAUUUCGCCGCCGUCAGAUAAAAUAAACUCUUCAAAAACCAAACUUAACAACGAAAGCAGAUCCGUCAGAAGAAUGAAAAAGUGCUUAGCUAAAAUUGGAGACAAGCAGCAAGCUUGUUUCAAAAGAAUGAGAGACAAAGAAAUAAAAGAAAAUGCUUCAGUAUUAACUCCUUCUCUAAUUGAAGAUGAAAAUCGUAAUGGUUUGAAAAAACUUUGACAUCCUUCAACGUAAUCAUUGAAUAAACUGUUGUGUACCAUGUAUUAUGGUUAUACACCCAUAGCAUUAAGAAUGACUGGUAUAUAAUUAUUCAACUUGUAAUCAGUGUCUUGAAAACCACUUCAGCUGCUCGCAAAAACUGUUCGAAUCAAAGCUAUUUAUAACUACGACGUGAUGUAUUUUCAAUACGUUCAAAAAUCAAAGAAAAUGAGAAAAUAUAAGUUAGAAGCUAUACAUUAAUUGGUUUCUGCCACAAAUAUAUUUAUAAAGAGUGUUUUUUCUAAAUUUAUUAGUUUAUUUCUAUUUAAAUUAAUUUACUGUAUAAACUAGAUGGAAAUAUAUUAUGAUACCUA